AUGAAGAACACGGAAAUAAGGAAACCCUAUCGGAUGGAGGACUUUCUGCGGCCGCAGUUGUUUCAGAAGGUGGCUCAAAUGGUACAUUUCCAUUGGCGGAGGAAUCCAGAGGAUAACACCUUGGUGAACGCCCCCAACUGGGCUUUUUGCUUUUCGGCAAUCCUCAAUAUAUUGUUCUUCGCUUGCAAUGGUUGGGAUAUCAUUGGGCAUUUGUGUUUUGGUAAACCUACCAAUCAGGAUCCGCCUGUUUUAAGCAUCACCAUAUACUUCUCCAUACGAGGAUUGAUGCUUUUCAUAAAACGAAAGGAUAUCGUUGAAUUUGUUAAGGACCUGGACCGCGAGUGCCCACGGGACUUAGCCAGCCAGUUGGAAAUGCAGAUGGAUAAGACAUACCAAAACUUUUGGAAGCGCUAUCGCUUUAUCCAGAUAUACUCCCAUGUGGGCGGUCCACUGUUCUGCCUGAUGCCGGUGGUCCUUUUCCUCCUGACCCACGAGGGAAAAGGAUCACCUGUUGCCCUGCACGAGCAACUUCUUGGUGGCUGGCUGCCAUUCGGUGUACGGAAGGAUCCAGACUUCUAUUUUCUGGUCUGGUUCAUAGACUUGGUUUGCACGACUUGCGGCGUCUCCUUCUUCGUCACCUUCGACAAUCUGUUUAACGUGAUGCAGGGACACCUGAUUAUGCACCUUGGCUAUCUUGCACGGAAGAUUUCGGACCUCGAUCCCCGCAAGAGUUUGACCAACGAGGUGCAGUUCUUUGAGGAACUCAGGUUGCUAGUUCAGAGGCAGCAGCUUCUUAAUGGGCUUUGUGGCAGAUACAACGAAAUCUUUAAGGUGGCUUUCCUAGUUAGCAAUUUUGUAGGCGCCGGGUCCCUUUGCUUCUACCUCUUUGUGCUGUCGGAGACGACGGAUGUGUUGAUUAUAGCCCAAUACAUUUUACCCACUUUGGUCCUUGUGGGUUUCACGUUUGAGAUCUGUCUACGUGGCACCCAGCUCGAGGAGGCGUCGGAGGGGCUGGAGUUGUCCCUAAGGUGCCAGGAAUGGUAUAUGGGCAGCCGGCGAUACAGGAAGUUCUAUCUGCUCUGGAUGCAGUAUUGCCAGCGUACUCAGAAACUGGGGGCAUUCGGCCUAAUUGAAGUGAAUAUGGUACACUUUACCGAAAUCAUGCAGCUUGCCUAUCGACUCUUCACAUUUCUAAAGUCUCAUUAG